CGUCACUGUUGCUGGACUACCAAGUUUUCUUCAUUUAGUUUACAGGUUCUGAAGUUCUUUAGUUCUGGUGCACAAAUGAAAUCUGUUGUCUAAAUAAUCGAAUGAAAAUUUAUUGAGUGGAUUAUUUCGUUAUAUUUCACAAUUAAUUGAAGGGAACGUACUUCUGCAUGAAUCGAAAUUGAAAAACUGAAGGACAGAGAUGGCUGAGAAACCAUCUGGAUUGAAGCAACCCAGUAAAAUAACGAAAGGAAUUCCAAAGCCGAGUGGAAUCAGGCCUCCUAAAGCAACUUCAUCAGCGGGUGGAGGAUCUGUAGGAAGUAGUUUUGUAGUAGGUACAAGAGUUUUGGUAAGCGGUACCAAACCAGGUGUCAUAAAAUUUCUUGGCCCAACACAGUUUGCUCCUGGUGAUUGGGCAGGUGUUGUGUUGGAUAAAGAGGAAGGAAAAAAUGAUGGAACUGUAGCUGGUGUCAAAUAUUUUGAGUGCCAACCUCUGCAUGGAAUAUUUGCUCGCCCAGCUAAAUUGACAAAAGUUGAUGCAAAUGGAUCUGCCAGUAAAUCAUCAAGUAUCUCAGGUGCCAGUCGUACAGUGUCAGGUGAUGCCUCGACGCCCAAAACAGCACCAUUAACUGCUGCUGCAUUAAAAGCAAGGGAAGGUCCGAAAGAAACAAAAUCUAAAGUUCGUAGUCCAGCAUCAUCCAUUAGAAGCUUGAGAUUUGGAACUCCAAGUCAGUUUACCGCUGCUGCAGUUCAAGAUUUUACUGUUGGUGACAAAGUUAUCGUGAACGCUGCAAAAAUUGGUUUUGCAAGAUAUGUUGGUGAAACUCUAUUUGCCAAAGGUACAUGGGUUGGUGUUGAAUUGGAGGAACCACAGGGUAAAAAUGAUGGAUCUGUACAGGGUAAAAGAUAUUUUACAUGCGAGAUGUUACAUGGUUUAUUUGCGCCUUUGCAUAAAGUAAAGAAGUUGGUUCCUAGUACACCAAGGACAGCUUCAAAAGGUCUCAUGAGAGAGACUGCUGCAAGUGCUGCAAAGAAAAAAGCAACAACAGGAAUUCGUUCUCCCGGUAGUUCAGUGGCUUCAAUCAGUUCCACCAGCUCAUUCACAGGAGCAAAACCAAAAGGAAUUAAAUCAGAAGUCUCGUCAAGGUAUCAAAGAAAGACAGCUAUGGGCGGAACAUCUGCUUUGCAAGAAGCUCUGAAGGAAAAACAACAACAUGUGGAAUCUCUCAUGGUAGAACGAGAUAUGGAAAGAGCGGAUAUGAUGCAGACAAUACAAGAAUCUACGUUAAUGAAGAAAGAAUUGGAAGAACUCCAAAUACGAUAUCAGGAGUUGGUUGUUGAGAAAGAAACUCAAAUCGACUCUCUAAAAGAACUCGUAGAACGAGCGGAUCUUGAGAAAGUUACUCUUAGGCAAGAACUCAAUGAACAGAAAACCAAAGUAGAAGACCUACAGUUUCGUCUUGAAGAAGAAGCAAUUAAUAAAGAUGAUUUACAGUCUGAGGUGAAAUCAUCUCAGGAGAAAAUCAAGGAGUUGGAUGCAAGUUUAUCCAUGGAAUUGAGUCGUUCCCAAUCACUGCUGAGAGAUUUGGAAACCACACGGGCUUCUGGUGUGGAUGACAAAUCAAGUCUCGAAGAUUUGUACAAUGAAAGAGAUUCUGCCAAUGCUAUGGUUGAUGAACUUAAAGUAAAACUUGGUCAGCUUGAAUAUGAUUUGCAACAGGAAAAAUUGAACAAAACUGAUGUAACCAAAUUUGAAGAUCGUAAUUCUGAACUGUUGCAAGAAUUAGAAAAAAUGAAGAUAGCAUCGGAAGAAGAUGCAAAAAAUUUAGAAAGUCAAAAAUUGGAAUUGGAUAAAAUAACAAACGAAAAAACAAAAUUGGAGAAUUCUUUAUGUAACCUGAAAUCUGAAAAAGAUAUAAUGUUGAAAGAUCGUGAUAGUUCAAAUUUUCAAGUUGAUGAAAUGAAACUGAAUUUAGAGGAAAAAGAAAAAGCAUUAGACGAAGCACAAAAACAGAUUUCUCAACUUCAAAAUGACAAAACUACUUUAGAAAAAGAAAAAGGCGAUAUACUGAGAAGCAGUGGUGAUAGUUCAGCACAACUCAUUGCACUUAACGAUACUGUGUCCGAAAAAGACAGGUUGAUAGAUCACUUGAAUACUGAACUCAGAAAUGUGCAAUCUUCCUUGGACGAAUCAAAGACAACGCACGAAACUUUGUUAACUGCAAAAUCAUCCUUGGAAUCAGAAAUCCCUGACUUGAGAACGAAGUUGGAAGAAGCAAGUAAAACACAAGAAGAACUUCGCAAUAAACUCAACGUUUCAGAACAAGAUUCAAAAACAUUGUCUUCCAAAUUAAAUGAAGCUUCCACUUCUAAUCAAGAAACUGUAGAAAUUUUGUCUAAAAUAAAAGAAGAAAAAUCAACAUUAGAAAGUAGAGUAGAAGAUUUAAUGCAAAAUUGUCAAAAACUACAAGAAACGUUACAUGGAAUACAAAAGGAGAGAAAUGGAUUGGAAGAAGAGAAAAAUAAGAUGGUUUCUAUCUUGAGUGAAAAAGAAUCUUCCAUUAAGUCAUCUCAAGAUAAAAUUAAUGAACAAAAUACUGAAAUUGAACAUUUGAAGAAGAAAUUCGAAGCUAUGCAAAAUAAAGUUAUUGAGUUAUCAGAUGAACAUGAAAAUCUGAAGAAAAGUUACGAAGAUGCUAAAUCAACGAUAUCAAAGCUUCAAGAGCAGAGUGGUGAAGAAACUAAAAACCUGCUUCAACAAUUACAAGAACAGAGAGAAGCUAGUGAAAAACAGCGAGAAAUGGUUGCAGAUAGUACAAAACAUAUGAAUGAAAUGUUGCAACAAAAAAUUUCUCUGGAAGAGGAAAUGGAUGGCUUGAAUUCAUCUUUGAAAAACUUGCAAGACUCUGACGAGAAAUUGAAAAAGUUAAUUGAAGACACAACUUCUGAAAAGCAGCAACUUGCUAAGCAAAUUGAUGAUUUAAAUACUGAGAACGAAGCUCUAAAAUGUAAAGGAAGCGAUCUAAAAACAAUUGUUGAGAAAUCUGAAAUUGAGAUAUCCGAGAAAGAAGAAAAGUUGAAGGAGUUAACAAGUGAACUCACCAAAACAGCCGAGACAUUGACCCAUGUGGAAAAUAGUUUAUCAAACGAGACGACUGCUAAAGAAGAGCUGCAGAAAAAAUAUGAUGAAGUAGUUUCAGAGAAAAACAAUCUUGAAACAGAAUUAAAUGAAACCAAGAAAAACUAUGAAUCAUCUAAACAGAGAUGUGAUGAGCUCUCCGCUUCUCUGGAUGAAGAGAAACAAUCUAGAUCAUUUGUUGAAUUGGCAAUGCAGAAUUCAGAAAGUGAGAGAAAUUCUGUCGUAAAACAAUUAGAGGAUGCUAAAAAUGAAUUAACUAGGAAAGAAGAGAAAACAUUUGAACUCGUGGAUGAAAUUCAAAAAUUGAAAGAUGAAUCGGCAAAAUUACAAUUGAAUAUAAAUUCUUUGACCGAAGUCAAAGUAGAACUGACUGAAACAAAUUGCAAACUUAAUCUUGACAAAGAAGAAUUGAGCAAGUCAAAUGAAACACUGAAACAAGAUUUAGGAAAAGAAAGGGAACUUUGUGAACAAAAUGAAAAGAAUUUGAACGAUGUUACCCAGCAAUUUGAAAAGACCUGCGGUGAGUUAGAAACUGUUCAAAAAGAGUUUGAAUCAUUGACGAUAGUUAAUCAGCAACAAAUUGCCUCAUUCAAAGAACUUGAAUCGAAAUCUAAAGAUCUUGAAACCGAGAAAAAUACUUUACAACAGAAACUUGGCUCUUUGUCUGAACAACAUGGGAAUACAGAACAGCAAUCUUUCGAACUUCUUGACAAAAUUCAAUCGCUGGAGAAAACAAAAACGCAAUUGGAAUCUGAUUUAGAAGAAAGAAACAAACAUGUUGUUACUUUAGAAAAUGAAAUACAAACGGUCAAAAGUGCUAAAGAGUCUUUAAGUGAAGAAAAAUGCAAUCUCGAAUCUACAAUCUCGCAAACUAAAAACGAAUUGCAGACAGUUACCAAAAAAUUAGAAGAUUCUGAAAAAACACUGACAGAAAAAGCACAAGUGAUUGAUGAUCUUAAUGUUGCGAUGGAAAAAUUAAAAGAAGGUGAUGCAUUGAAAAAGAAGGAAUUACUUGAACAGACCACAAAGAUAAGUAGUCAAGAAUCUGAAAUAUCUUCUCUCAAAUCAAAACUUGAAUUAACAACAUCAUCAAGUGCUGAUUAUCAAGUCAAAGUCAAUGAACUUGUCGAAAAUGUCAGACGAUUAGAAGAAGAUAAAAACAGAUUAGAAUCGGAGGGAAAACAUCUGACGGAAAAUUUACAAAAAUCUUCUAACGUGUUUGAAGAAACUGACAAUAAAUUAAAAGAAACUGAGAAGUUGUUGAAAGAUGCCCAAGAAAAAAUACAUCACCAUGAAAGCAAUAUUAAAGAUUUUCAGAGUUCAAAAAUCAAUCUUGAAUCCAAUGUCACCGAAUUGAAUUCAAAAUUGAGUACAUUUGAAGCCGAAGUCAUUUCUCUUACUUCCGCAAAAACAGAAGUAGAAAAUACUCUUACUUCAUUAGAAGAUAAGAAAAACAUUCUCAACACUCAACUUGAGGAACUGAAAAUCUCAUUCUCAAAUCUUGAGGAGAAAUUUUCAUUGCGUGAAAAAGAAAAUUCGGAAAUGAAAUCUGAAAACGAAUCUCUGAGAAAUAAUCUCAACGAAUCGAGUGUGAAAUGUGAAAACCUUUCAUCCGAACUUGCUAAAUUACAAACUAUUUUUGCUGAAACUGCCAAAGCGAAAUCCUCAUCAGAGAACGAACUUCAAUCAUCUGUCGUAAACUUAACUGCUGAAUUAGAAGGUUUAAAAUUAGAGAAAAAUGACUUGACAAAAAAGUUAGAAUCCAUUAGCUCGGAAUUAAAAGAAUCUCAGACUGCCAUUAUGAAUGCCAAUAACAAAGAACAAUCAUUGAUUGAACAGUUAUCUGCUUUAAGAACUGAAUACGACACUCUCAAACAAUCAUCAUCACUACAAAAUGAGGAAGUCAUGAAGCAAGUUGCUACAUUACAAACAGAAAAUCAGGAUAUCAAAAAUAAUCUGAACCAAAAAAUACAAGAAUUUGAGAACGUUUCUUCUGAAAAUGUAACUUUAAAAGAACAAAUUAAACAAAAUACGGAUGAAUCUCUCAAAGCAAAUGAUGCUAAAGAAAAUGAAUUGAAAGUAUUGAUCGAAGAAAUAGAAAAAUUCAAAUCUUCUUCCCAAACUGUGGAGCAAGAGAAAUUGAGUCUUGAAGAACACAUCAGAAAUCUGUCUCAAGAAAAGGAAAGUAUGACAAUUCAGAUUCAAACUUUUCAAUCCGAGAACGUUGAAAUUAAAUCUAAACUAGAAGAAUUACAUCAGCUCAAACAACAGGAAGGCGAAAAUACUGGGUCGCUUGUACUAAAUCUGAAAAAUGAUAUCGAUUCUUGGAAAAAUAAAUUUGAGAAAAAUGAACUCAAUAUCAAAUCAAAAGAUGAAAUGAUUGUGGAUUUACAACGACAGAUUGAGGAAACACACAAUGCUGAUUUAGGGACUAUUGAAAGCUUGAAAAAUCAGGCGAAGGAACAGGAGAACAAAUUUGAAUCUGAAAUUUCUGAUUUGAAAAGAGAGAAAGAAAAUCUUCGUAUUGAGACUGAAUCUUUACAAACAUCUACCUCAAAGGAGUCUUCUGUACUUGAAGAACAAUUGAAAUCUUUGAUACAUGAGAAAUCUAGGUUGCAACAAGAACAAGAUGGUACACUGUUGGAAUUGAAAAAAUUAAAGGAAAAUUUUAUAGAAAAAGAAGAGAUUGAUAAAGAUCACAGAAGCAAAAUUCUUAUCUUAGAAGCAGAUAACGUUAACCAUAAAGAAGAAUAUAGAAAAUUGGAAGAACGGUUUAAAUCUCUCACAGAAGUACAUGACAAAGUGCAAGCAAAACUAAACAAGAUGGAAAAAAGCAUACCAGAUAUUGAAGAAAGGGAAAGUGUUUUAAAACGAGAAUUUGCAAAAGAACGAGAAUCAUUGCAACAAACCAUCGACAUAACAACGUCACUUGUAGAGGAAUCAAGAAAACAGACUGAAGGAUUACAGCAAGAGAUCACACUGUUAAAAAGUGAAAAUAUAAUUGUUGUAAGUUUGAAGGAAUCAUUGAAAAAUAUUGAGAGAGAGAAAGAUGAUUUGAACACUCAACUCAGAUCAUUGAAGUCUUCUCCAUUAACUCAUUCUGCUUCUACUGAAGACAGUGGUGUAGGUGGGGAUGAAGAAUUAAGGGGACAAAUUGAUUUUCUAAAUUCAGUUAUUGUUGAUCAACAAAAUAAAAACAGUGAAUUGAAUGAAAAAAUCUCUGAAUUAGAAUCAAUGUUAUUGAACGAUGGAGAUGUCGAUCCAAUGCAAGUUGCAAAUGAAUAUGAACAUGAAUCAGGGGACCAUCAAUCACGGGCUGCUCCUAGACUUUUUUGUGAUAUUUGUGACAUAUUUGAUGCCCAUGACACUGAUGAUUGUCCAACACAAUCUUCAAUGCAAUAUGAUAUGUCAGAUCUUCCUCCUACAACUCAUAAUGCAACACAACGAGGGGAGGAACGGACAUAUUGUGAUAAUUGUGAAGUGUUCGGGCAUCGAACGGAAGACUGCACAGAGGACGAAAUGUAUUAGGUAAAAUAAAGAACAUGAUGCCGCUAAUUAUUCUUGUUCCUGUUGCUACAUAUUUUGCUACAAAGAUUAUCAAGUGAUUGAGCAAGUCUGCCUUCAUCCAAUGAUAGUUGCAAUUUCAAUUUUUAGACUUAGUGGGGUUUUCCUUGUGCGUAUCUAUCUAAGCAUUCUUUCAUUGCAAUACAAGCUAAGCAUGCAUAGCCAUGAAUCCACUAAAUGUUACGUUACGUGCAGAUUGUAUACAAAAAUUUGACAUCCUUGAGAGGACUUCUUACCACUUCAAUUUGAAUAUAGAUACAAAUACCACAAAAAAUGUAUGAACCUGGUUUACAUAUAUGCCAUUGUAUCAUGGAAAUUUAACAUUAAUCAAUGUACAGAGUUCUGGUAAAACAAAUCAGUUCAAAAUAUAACUUUAUUGUUUAAUUUCAGAUGAAUAUUUUAUUAAACGUUAGAUAUUUAUAUAAAUGUUGGUUUAUUUGUCUCACCUAAUUCUUUAAAUUAAAUGUAUUUCUAGUUGACCAAAGCUAAUCAGCUAACCAGUGUUAUUAAUGAUAUCGUUAUUAAUUAUUAUAGUUUUUCGAUUCUGAAUUGGUGUUUAAUAUUUAACAUGUGGAAUGAUUUUGAUGUACUCUUUAUUUUCUGCUAAAUUUAUAUCCAAAUUAAUGGGUAGCAUGAUACCAUUCCUCACUUUCAGAUGAGCUCUUAUACAACAUUAUACUGCGCACUUAAAGAAUUUACUUAUGUAGUAGGUACAAAAUAUGUUUCAUUGAUUUGCACUCUAAAUUUGUCUCAAUUGGAGUAGUUGUGUUAAAUUGAAUGUAACCCGGACUAUGGUAGAUUGUAUGAGACCAAAUGUGCAACCCAUUUUUGCCUCACUUUCAUUAAUUGUCAUUUUAAUUGUUGAUUACUAUUGUGAACAGUUUAUCAUUGUGUGUUUCUUUAUUUUAUGUUCUGUAUCUUGUUAUGCCAUCUUCUCCACGUAAUCUAAGGAUUGCUUAAAUAUAAUAUAAAUUGUUUUCAAAUUGGCUUAAGAUAUCGUCUAUUCUUAUUGUUUGAAUGAGGAAUUUUGAUUACCGGUGAUUUUACUAUUUCAUGAUCAUUCAUAUAGAUAUGGCAUUCUUGUUAAGACUUCUAUCAUUUGGUUUUCUGCAUACCAGUGAAUAUCUCGAAUGCCUAUUACCGAACAUCAACUGGUUGUGUUACUUCAGUUAUAGUGUCCUGGCAAAACUUGAUUCAAGUCUCGUUGCGAUUCUUCUAUAGUAAAAUGUCAGUUUUUAACAUAUCUUUACGUUAUAUCUAUUUCCAUUGUAGUUAUCCGCUGGUGUUUUUGCUUCUUAUGCUUAGUGAAUUACUGUUACACCUAUAACACUGGAUUUGAAAAGCAUUUUUCAUGUUUUUUUUUUGUCUGUUUCUGAAGAGCAUUUUUUUGAGUUUC